CCAUCCCCUUCCUGUUCCCAUUCAUCCGUCUGCACCCAGCCUCGCUUUCUUGUGCGCUCAAGCAAGCCUCCGAGGUUCCUCUUCUUCUUCUUCCUCCCGAUCGAUAUCACUCGUAGCUAGCAGGCUACUGCUUUCCUUGGCUGGCUUGAUCGAGAGAGCGAGCAUGGUGGAGAGCGUGGCAGCAACGCCGUCGGAGGAGCAAGGCCGCGGCGGCGGCCUGUCGCUGCCUCCGGGGUUCAGGUUCCACCCCACCGACGAGGAGAUCAUCACGAGCUACCUCCUGCGCAAGUUCCUCGACCCUAGCUUCGUCUCCCGCGCCGUCGGCGAGGUCGACCUCAACAGCUGCGAGCCGCGAGAUCUCCCAGGCAAGGCCAACAUGGGGGAGAAGGAGUGGUACUUCUUUGUGCACAAGGACCUCAAGUACCCCACCGGGAGCCGGGCCAACCGCGCCACCAAGGAGGGCUACUGGAAGGCCACCGGCAAGGACAGGGAGAUCUUCAAGCCCCGCGCCCGCGAGCUCGUCGGGAUGAAGAAGACGCUCGUGUUCUACAGGGGCCGCGCGCCCCGCGGCGCCAAGUCUGAGUGGGUCAUGCACGAGUUCCGCCUCGAAGGCAAGUCCAGAGGCCAAACCAUGAACAAUCCCAAGGACGAAUGGGUGGUGUGCAAGGUGUUCAACAAGAAGGGGGAGGCCAAGGCGGCGAGGGCCGCCGACGUGGACGCCGAGUACUCCGCCGUGACGACGCCGAACGCUAGCUCGGUCGUCGACGCCGGCGAGGGCGCCGGAGACUUCACCGACUCCAUGUUCACGAUCGACCCGCUCUGCUACAUCCCCAACUCCGACGAGUACACAAGCAACCAGCCGCCGGCCAAGACGACGACGUCCACCACCACCAACAGUGCGGCGCCGCCGUACAACGCGGACUACUACUACCCGUCCGUUCCUACUACAGCUGGAAGCUUCAACCUCAUGUCUAACUACAGCUUGACCAACGCCACAAGCAACGCGCAAACGUCCACCGCCAUGGCCAGCUCAGUCCCGGCAACAAGCGGCUCCUCCUGGCAGCACAUGCUUAUGAAUACGGCGCCGCAUGGCGGGAUGAUGGGAAGAAGAAGCUACGACGUCAACCUCCAUGAGCAGCAGGCGAUCAUGAUGAGAGCCCUAGGUGGUGUCGUUGGCGCCCAAAACUUCGGUGAGCCGGCAAAGGGUCUGCAGUUGCCGAGCUCCGCGGUGACCGCCGGCAGUGUUCCGCCUCAGCCGGGCAAGCUCGGGAGCUACGACGACGGUGAAUUUCCCUAUGGGAAUUAUGAUCUUGCUUCUGCCGCUAUGAGUGGACGCCCAGCUGCUGCUAAUAAUCUUGGUCCUAGGUUUUACUGAUCGAAUGUUCAUUGAUUGUAGUAAUUUUGUUGGUUGCUUCAUUGAUUAGAUCGAUGUUGAUUAUAUAUGGACUAUGGAGAGAUUACAGUUGCAUUAGUUUGUUUUAGGAUUUUGUAAAAAAGGACAAUAUAUUGUUUGUUGUGAGUUAACUAUGUUGCUUCUUCAA